AAAAAAAUUCUGAUACUCUAGUGCGCCGUGAUUCAAAAAAGUUUGAGAAACACUGUGCUAUCCGAUGGUUGUACCGUCUUUCAUGAUGUGUUCUUAUACUUUGGUUUUCCUCAUCCCUACACUGGGUCCUAUGCUUUUGUGUGUGCUACACGCCAAGUCUUCAUUUAAUUCAGAAUACCAUCCCUCAUAUGAAGCACAUUGCCAGGUCCACCAUGAGAAGAGCACGGGAAAAAUGGAAGGUCUUGUCAAUAUUUAUCACAAUGAAUCUAUGCUUUGGAACAAUAUAUCUGCUAUAUAUAAGGGAAGAACAUUACGUAUCAAGGAACAAAUUUGAUGACCUUAAAAAGAUCACACCGCCUCCCAGGUCUCCCGGUGAUGAUCCCGUUGACAGCCAUUCUAAACUUACAGAGACAUUUGUCACGCUUCCUUUGGUCAGGACCAAAUUUCAUGUAACUAAGAAGAUCACACCUAAAGAGAAUAUACCUGAAAGGGUAACCGAACGUAUCAGAAAGGAUUGCACGCCAGGAGAUGUACCUUCCAGAGCAAAUGGAUUUAUAUACAAAUACUCCAGAGAUCAUCCAGCUUUCCUGCAGUCAGGGGAAGUUUUCUGGCGUUCAUACCGCUCCUUUCAUCCCCUGCCGUACGGCACACGUGGAAGCGAGACUCUGAUUAAGCGAGCUUUGACUGUUCUAAGCCAGUGUCACAUACCAAAGGAGAUUGAAAGGCUGCAGUGUAGGCGGUGUGUGGUGGUCGGGAAUGGAUACCAAAUGGCAAACAGUGGCCUGGGUGAGAAAAUCGAUGAGCACGAUGUGGUGAUCAGGUUGAAUAAUGCUCCAGUCCACGAAUAUCAGAAAGACGUCGGGAAUAAGACGACGUUUCGCUUGUUUUACCCAGAAUCUGCGCAUUUUGACCAGAAGUUGGAUAACAAUCCAGACACGCUGAAUGUUUUGGUGCCAUUCAAGACUGCGGACAUCCUGUGGAUACAGAACCUUCUAAAGAAUGAGUCGAUGAUUAAGAACAGUUUCUGGAAAGCGCCCCCUUUAAAUUGGGAGGUGCAGCCUGAGAACGUCCGCAUCUUCAACCCUUACUUUGUGGAAGUUGCUGCCAGAGAUAUCUUGGGUUAUAAUCGUAGAAUCAGAAGAAUAAGUGUGGUGCCCACCACUGGCUUGAUCGCCAUCACCUUUGCUAUCCACUUCUGUGAUCAGGUUAACAUUGCAGGGUUUGGGUACCCGACGUGGAAUUGGCGAACACAGCCCAUCCACUACUACAACAAUGAAACCAUGAGUAACAUGUUUGUGGCUUCCCAACAUAACAUUCCUCUGGAGCACAGAAUGCUCACAACGCUACUCCAACACAGAAUAAUCCAAAGCCUCACCGCAACCUGAGGAUUGUGGCGUCUGAGGAUGGAUGGUUAUAGCGAGAGGAGGCCGGCUGAAUACUGCCCCCCGCAGCUGGCACCGGCAAACUUCAUCACUGAGCGCAACAUAAGGACUCGGAGGCUUCCUCCAAAUAAGUGCUGCCUACUGAGAAUUCCAUAGUGGAAGUCACCGCGCCCUAUGUAAUGCACUCAGACUGCUCAUUGCUCCCCUGAGCGCAUUGCUUGGAAAGACUGUACAGUGACAGCCAAAGAUAUUCCAUAGACGGAACAAAACGUUCCUCAUCCGUUAAACUGUAAGCGAAAGGGACCCUCUAUUUAUGUACCGUAUGCCUUAAACCAUUUUUGUAUUUUGUAAGUGUUAACUUUACACCUAAUGUAAUAACGCUAUAAAUAAUAGUAUAUUUAUGUUCAAA